AUGCCUCCUGCAGGUGCAGAUAUGAACAGAAAGCGGCCAAGCGAGGGAGAGCCGGAAGAUGCUGCCCGACCUCACAAAAGGAGAUCGCAUGGAGCACCUGCUGUGUCCUCGACCCCAGCCUCUUCUGGAGAGUGCGACCCUCCAGCGCUGACCAGUCUGGCGGAUGGAUCAAGGAGGUAUGACGAGUUCAAGGGUGAUAUAGGAGACGGUGUCUAUAGGGCCUUAACUGGAGGUGGUGCCUAUUUCCCGACGAAUUACAAACUCUUUCUCAAGCACCCCGCUCCGUGGCUCUGUCCUCUCGUUGACUGUAGGAAGUCUUUCAACCAGUGCAGUAAUCUUGGGCGUCACUUUUCGAAAGCUCAUCGCGGCUGGAAGCUCUACGAUGAAGAAGAGCGCGGUUUCUUUCACUUUCAAGGCAUCAGAACUAAGCCAGACGAGGACGGCAAGCUUCGCCCGAUUGUUGUCGGCAGAGGAUUUCGCGCUCCAAAAAGACAAGAUGAUCGACAAACCCCGGACACUUCUGCAGCUGACACCGCAACUGCCCCUCUCGCGUCUACUACUGCUCGGGCCAUCAAUUCUUCUACUUCAGCACCCAUCACUCUCGCCCAAGCAUCCCGAUUAUCAUCUCGCAAGGUCAUCGACAUCAGUAGCAAUGAUGAGGGUGUCAAACCAACCGUCAACGAUACUUCAGUGCGGAACACUGGCCCACAUGCCUCAGCAAAACGGGAGCAAGCAAGAGGUGAGAACAAGAGCACUGGCACUGCCAACCGAAUACGAAGAAAUUACCAUGGCGCCAGGUUUGAAGUGAACAAUCCCCAGGAGCUGGGCGGUGCCCAGCAUCAUAGGAAACUCUUUGCAAGUUGGGAGCAGGAAGCCGGUGCGCAGCGCCGUAAGAAAAUUUCCUCUAAGACUGGCCGGGAAGUCGACAAGCGCCAGCCGAAGGACGUCUCUUCCAACGCUAAACAGAAAGUGGAUACACAGCAUUUCGAGGACACCUCAUCUACAUCCAGCAGUGAAGAUGACGACGAUUCUGACCCCUUCGACUUUGAACCCUCCGACCUGCCCGCUCCCCGCAAUAACGACACACAACAGCUGGAAAAAGGUACCGAUACUGCACCGAUCGUCGUUGCCGACUCUAAGCAACCGUUCGAUCCCAGCAAAUCAGCAAUUUGGCAGUAUCUCAUGACGCUUACCAAGACUGAUAUGCCGGUUCCUGAUGAUUCGGCCAUCACUGAGCUCCUUGCACUCCCAAGGCGCCGCAAUCUUCCAAGAACAUGGCAAGGACGACUGUCCAAGUUUGUGGAUUUCCAACUCAAUACACUCACUGGAUUGAUCCUCUAUAUUGGUGGUGACGAAGCACCAAGUAGCCCCUGCAGUUGGAUGGGUUGUAGCGUUCAUGCAGAGGCACACGUCUUCUGGAAGAUCAACUUUUACUAUGGGAACUCCAUUGACCACCGAUACCCAUUUCCCAAAUGCGUUUUCCUUCCAACUCAUCUUCGCGUCUCAAAAUCAGUUACUGAGCGGUUGGGUCAUCAUUUGUGCUGCAACGCAUACCACAGGAGCUGGAAAAAGCCGCCGCAUUGGGUAAACACGGUUCCCGAUGACAAAUUCAAGGCGGCACGGGAUCCAGCGUGCGUGGAGGUUAUGCGGUAUACCUCUACCGAGAAGUCUGCUGGUAACGAAUCUAGCACGAAUGCCCAAGGCAACACGCUGAGUACUGCCACAUCGACAAGCAACACUGGCAAUAAUGCCGUGCAGCCAUCGCCAUCGCAAGCCUUGCUACCUGCAUGCCCUCCUUUGCAACCUGCGACCAUGGUUGGUGAUACACUUACCCCCCGAAGUUCGGCACAACAAUCAACUUCACGACUCGUUGUGAAGGAACACGGGGGAAAUAUGUCGGGGGUAGGAAGUUCUCCUGUCAAUCCCAUUGUAGAAGCAAACAAGCGGCUUGGUGAUGUGAGGGAAAUAACAACGGGGACGAAGACGAAACGAGAGGCUGGGCGCCAGAAAAAGAGCCUUGGCGGAGAAGAACAACACUCAUCUACUAGACAGGCCCAAGUUACUCCAGUAUCUUCUGCGGCAGCUUCUCUGUCUAACCUCACGGUGCAGGAUACAUCCACAGCUCCUUCCAGAUCUCCGCAGCAAAGUGGCCCAGAAAAGUCGCAGAGAACGACCGUUUUCAACCUUGCCAAUGGUUCCACACAACCCAUCGGCUUCAAGGGUAACGAGUCCCAGCUCCUCCAGGCAUCGAAAAGACAAACCCUAGAGUGUACGGUCUGGGCAGGUAGCGUAUGGAUGAAGAUGGUUGGAGAUGAUGGCGUGUCUAUCACGCGGAGAGUGGACGCCGGGGGCACUUGGACAAUCGGCACGGAUAGUCACUGUUUGAUCACCAACUUUUUUCCAGCAGCCAAAGAGACUGCUGUGGUUAAUGUCAAGUCUAAAUCUGUGUUGGAAAGCUUCGAAUGA